CUUCUAGAAAGGAAAGAGAAAACAGAAAACCGUAAAAAAAAAAAAGUUGGUUGUUAAGUUUGAAUAUUUGUUAGAAGCUUGGGCGUGUUGAAUUCAUUCAAAAAGCAGAAUAAAAGAAAAGAAAAGAAGCACGGAAAUUUCAAGUCGCACACCUUUCCUUCUGCUCAAAAUAACAAGCGAGGGAUCUCCGACCAGCCGCCUGACAGGCAGAGCAGCUCGUCUGUUUCUCCUCCCACGCCGCUGGAACUGGAACUUGUCAGCUGUUGGACUAUAAAAAACAAAGAGAAAAACAGAUGCCAAACUCAUCUGAGGACUUGGAAAAACAAAGCACAAACUCUGGGCAUCAUGUGAGGGAAGACAGUGAAUAUGUAAGGCUGGUUACUUCUGAUGAAGAACCCACUGCAACGGAAAUGGACACCUUGCAACCUCAACCACCCACGAGGAGUAACUCUUUUGUCUGGUGGAUCAAAGCCAUUGUGUUCUGCAUAUUUACACUUAUAUUGCUUCUCAUUUUCUUGAAAUGGGGAGUGCCAUUUCUUUUUGAGAAGGUUCUUUUCCCAAUCAUGCAAUGGGAAGCAACUGCCUUUGGUCGCCCAGUUCUUGCUAUUGUGCUUGUUGCUUCUCUUGCCUUGUUUCCUGUGUUCUUAAUACCUUCUGGUCCUUCGAUGUGGUUGGCUGGGAUGAUUUUUGGCUAUGGUCUUGGGUUCCUCAUAAUUAUGGUUGGAACAACUGUCGGAAUGGUCUUACCCUAUUUGAUUGGACUGCUUUUUCGUGACCGUAUCCAUCACUGGUUGAAGAAAUGGCCCCAGAAAGCUGCUAUGAUUCGACUUGCAGGAGAAGGAAGCUGGAGCCAUCAAUUUAGAGUUGUUGCUCUCUUUAGAGUUUCACCAUUUCCUUACACAAUUUUCAACUAUGUAAUUGUGGUAACCAGCAUGAGGUUUUGGCCCUAUUUAUGUGGAUCAAUUGCUGGAAUGAUUCCAGAAGCUUUUAUCUAUAUCUACAGUGGUCGGUUAAUAAGGACAUUAGCUGAUGUUAAGUAUGGUAACCACCACUUGACGGCUGUGGAAAUUAUAUACAAUAUUAUCUCCCUCAUUAUAGCAAUUGUUACAACAAUUGCUUUUACUGUUUAUGCAAAAAGAGCUUUAAAGGAUCUUGAAAAUGGAGAGACCAAGGAAGAAGAUGACUCUGCCUCUUACCAGGGCGGAUUAGAGAUGGAGAAGCUUCCACUUGAAAGACCUAAGAAUCUGGGCUUCAUGUCUUUUUCAUCAUAGCACGUAUACAAAUGGAAUACAUUGUUUCUCUAAAGAGUUAGAAUGUUUAGGCUUCUGGAUCUUUCUGAUCAUAGGAAAAAUACAAGUACAUAUCAUGAUCUCUCUCUCUCUCUCUUCUUGUCUGGAGACUGGGUUUCUGUUGUUCAUCUUGUAACAGGGGGAAUAUUCCAUUAAAAUUCACAUGUAUAUAUGGAAACACUUACGCAGAUUCGAUAUCCAUGAAA